AUGGGUAGUACCAGUAAGAAGAGGAGCUCCGUUCCCGAGGAGCAAACCCUCGCCACCGACGAUUCUACCAAACCGCUUAACAAGAAACCAAAGAACACUGCGGCGGCCGGUGAUGGUCAGCAACAACCUUCAGUCAAGCCAAUGGAGAGGAAAAAGAAGCGCAAAGCCUUGGACAAAGAGCGGCGCCUUACCUCACUCCAACCCGAGCCUGUAGCUACGGAAUCCAAACCUGAGUCUAGAACAGGUGGCGACGGUCUCCCGGGAUUCCACAUUGGCGUGUUCAAGGACCUCGCUGCGGCAUCCGAGGCGGCGAGGGAAGCCGCCGCCAAACAAAUGGUGAAGGAGUUGAAGGCGGUUCAGAACGCAUACGAUGAGCGGGAGGAGAAGGAGAAUGACGAGGGUGGAUUGAAGUUGGAAGCGGAGAAAGACGAUGGAUUGGAUAACUGUGCUCCGUCUGUGAGAUACGCUGUUCGUAGGCUCAUUCGCGGUGUUUCUUCGUCUAGAGAGUGCGCACGACAAGGCUUUGCUUUAGGUUUAACUGUUUUAGCUGGCACUAUACAUAACAUUAAGGUUGAAUCAUUCCUUAAACUUGUAAUCAAUUUGCUGGAAGUAACUUCAUCAAUGAAGGGUCAGGAAACAAAAGAUUGUCUGUUGGGGCGCUUAUUUGCUUAUGGUGCUCUGGUUCGAUCAGGAAGACUUGCAAAAGAGUGGAAUAUAGAUAAAAACACCCCUUACAUAAGAGAAUUUAUCACUGCACUUAUAUCUACUGCAAAUAAAAAGCGGUACUUGCAAGAACCUGCCGUUUCAAUAAUUUUGGUGUUGGUUCAACAGUUGCCUGUUGAAGCAGUGGUGAAUCAUAUUCUUGAAUCUCCUGGGCUACAUGAAUGGUUUGAAGCUGCUACAGAAGUAGGAAAUCCUGAUGCUUUGCUCCUUGCUUUAAAAGUCAGGGAGAAGAUUUCUAUUGACAGCUCCUUAUUUGGCAAAUUGCUGCCAAAUCCAUUCAGCUCUGGCCAGUUUUUUUCUGCUGAUCACCUGUCCUCCCUAAAAGAUGCAGCUGCAGCUUCAAAUUCAUUAAAGAAGCACAAAAAGAAUCGAAAAUCUAGUUCUUCUGAUGAAGAGAUUGCGAGGAAUCUUCAGUCUUUUUGUGAAAUAAUUAUUGAAGGUUCUCUUCUCAUCUCAUCUCAUGACCGUAAGCACUUAGCUUUUGAUGUUCUGUUUCUUCUUCUCCAAAAGCUACCUGCAUCUUUAGUUCCAGUUGUUCUGUCAAACAAAGUUGUUCAGUGCAUGGUAGAUGUACUAUCGAUGAAGAACACAUGGCUGUAUAAAGUAGCACAACAUUUUCUUAAACAGUUGUCAGAUUGGGUUGGGGAUGAUGAUGUGAGAAGAGUUGCAGUUAUAGUGGCUAUUCAGAAGCACAGCAAUGGAAAAUUUGAUCGCCUAACACGAACAAAACAUGUUAAAGAUUUUAUGUCACAGUUCCAAACUGAACCUGGUUGCAUGCUUUUUAUUCAGAACUUAAUGAACCUGUUUGUGGAUGAAGGUAAUACCCAGGAAGAACCUUCAGAUCAGAGUCAAACCACAGAUGAAAAUUCUGAAAUAGGAUCUAUAGAGGAUAAGGAUUCUCCUAGAACCAAUGGGAAUUCUGACUUUUUGAAGAGUUGGAUUAUUGAAUCCCUUCCUAGUAUUUUAAAAUUCUUAAAGCUAGAUCUUGAAGAGAAGUUUCGAGUACAGAAAGAAAUCAUGAAGUUUCUGGCUGUUCAGGGUCUAUUCACUGCAUCUCUUGGCUCUGAAGUGACUUCGUUUGAGUUACAGGAAAAAUUCAGGUGGCCAAAAUCCCCAACAUCGAACUCUCUUUGCAAGAUGUGUAUAGACCAGCUGCAAUUGUUAUUGGCAAAUGCUCAAAAAGGGGAGGACCUUCGUCCUUUGGUUAAUAGCACUGAGCCAAAUGAUCUUGGUUCAUACUUCAUGAAAUUCUUUGGCACCUUUUGCAACAUUCCUUCAGUUUCCCUCUUCCGGUCUUUAGAUGAUGUGGAUCAAAAGGCAGUUAAAAAUUUGCAGGCAGUGGAGGCAAGAUUAUCCAGAGAGGAAAGGAGUCAUGACUGUAGCACUGAUGCUAAUAGACUGCAUGCACUGAGAUACAUGCUUAUCCAGCUGCUUCUGCAAGUACUUCUUUGUCCAGGGGAGUACUCUGAAGCUGCAUCUGAACUCAUUAUUUGUUGUAAGAAGGCCUUUUCUGCUUCUGAUCAUCCUGAGUCCUCUGGAGAUGACGAUGAGGUUGAUGAUGCUCCUGAACUGAUGGAUGUUCUUGUGGAUACAUUACUUUCUCUGCUUCCACAAUCAUCAGCUCCCAUGCGAUCUUCCAUAGAACAGGUAUUUAAAUUUUUUUCUGUUGAUAUCACUGAUGAUGGACUGAUGCGGAUGUUGCGGGUGAUUAAGAAACAUUUAAAACCUGCAAGGCAUCCGGGUUUAGAAAGUGCAGAAGAUGAUGAACAUGAUGAAGAUGAUGACUUUAUCAAUAUUGAAGAUGAAGAAAUUGAUCAAGCUGAGACAGGUGAAACAGGUGAGAGUGAUGGGCAGACAGAUGACUCUGAAUCAGUAGUUGAGGUGGAAGAGGCUGAUGGCCAUUCUGAAGCUUCCGAUGAUUCUGAUAGUGGGAUGGACGAUGAUGCUAUGUUCCGGAUUGAUACAUAUCUUGCUCAGAUAUUUAAAGAGAAAAAAAAUCAAGCUGGAGGUGGUGAAACAGCCCAUUCCCAGCUUCCUCAGGUUCUUCUGGUUUACUCAAAUUUGGCUCAGGCUUUUGUUAACCCUCAUACAGCAGAAGUUAGCGAGCAGCUUGGACAACGUAUAUGGGGAAUCUUACAAAAGCAAAUAUUUAAAGCAAAGGAUUAUCCUAGGGGUGAUGGAGUCCAUUUAUCUACUCUUGAAUCUCUGUUGGAAAAAAGUUUGAAACUAGCUUCAAAACCAUUUAAAAGACAGAAGUCUGCAUCUAAUCCAUCAAAACAAUCUGCCGCCUGGAACAGACAGAAAAUGGUUUCUUCUCUUGCUCAGACCUCGACCUUCUGGAUUUUGAAAAUUAUUGAUUCAAGAAAUUUCACUCGGUCUGAAUUGGAGAGGAUUAUUCAAAUUUUCCGUGACGUAUUGGUUGGGUAUUUUGAAAAUAAGAAAUCGCAUAUCAAAUCUGGAUUUUUAAAAGAAAUAUUUCGAAGACGACCAUGGAUCGGACAUGCUAUAUUUGGCUUUAUUUUGGAGAGGUGUGGAAGUGCCAAGUCAGACUUUCGACGAGUGGAGACUCUUGAUUUGGUAAUGGAAAUAAUGAAGUCACUGACAUCAGGGAAUAGUGAUGAACAGAAUGCAUCGAAAAAGAUUCUUAAAAACAGUUUGGAUAAACUUUCUCAUCUAAUGAAAGAAUUGUCGACUAAUGUUCCAAGUAAACCGGCUAGGCGGACAGAGGUAGAAAAGUUCUGUGUCAAGGCCUUGGAUAUCUUGUCUAAGCAUAACCUCACCAAAUAUUUUCUUAAAGCUUUGGCACCUGAUACUGAAGCUGCACUUGUGGCUCAACUUGGUCAACAAUUCAUUAGUUUGAAGAAGUUGGAAAAUUAA